AUGUCAGCAUGCGUGGUGGAGGAAGGUCGGGAAGAAGGCGGUGGCCGCGAUGUGCCCGAGUCAAGUGAGGUAUACGAAAGACCACGGCGGGAAGUACUCUUAAGCGCUCGUGGACGCCGAGCCUGUUCGGAACAAGGGCCGCAUCAAAACUAUCAUUUACCACUUGGCUCUUCACACUUAUGGGGUGCGAACAACAAUCGUCGUGGUUGGAGUCGCAAGCGCACAUCCGCUCCCCAAAUGGGGAAUACUCAGGGUUCCAUGCCACGCGUCGCUCUUGUAUUGCGUUCGAGGCGGAGUUGGCCUGUUGCUCCACAGUCAUAUCGCAGGAAAAUUACGAAACAAGACUUUUCAAUAACGGAAGAACGAAGAGCAAAUAAGAAUAUUCACCCAAGCCACCAUUAG